GUCACGUGGGCGGGCAUGGCGGAGCUCCGCGUGAAUGCGGCGUUCGCGGAGCGCUACGGGCGGUACCGGCGGCGGGAGGAGCUGCAGCGCCUGCGGGACCGUUACGGUGACACCGCCGACAGCGGCGACAGCUCCAGCUCCGAGUCCAGCGGGGACGAUGUGGCCCUGGACCCCCGCGAGGAGCGCGAGUUCUACCGGACGCUGGCGCUGCUCAAGACGCGCGACCCCCGCAUCUACCGGCAGGACACGGCGUUCUACACCGGCACCGCCCCCCCAGGGGAUGAUGAAGAUGAGGAUGAAGAUGAUGAGGAUGAUGAUGAGGAUGAAGAUGAAGAGCGGACCAGGCCGAUGUUCCUGAAGGAUUACGAGCGGAAGGUGGUGCUGGAACACGAGGGCAAAUACGUGGACGAGGAGGACGAGGAGGAUGAGGAGGCGGCGGCCAAGCGGAGGAAGGCCGAGGCCUCCCCCAGCUACGCCGAGGAGCAGCGGGGCGCUCAAGGAGAGGUCGGGGGGGUCCCGGGCAUUUGGGGGGGUCCCGGUUUCAGAGCCUUGGUGGCCGAGAGCGAGGAUGAGGAGGGUGAUGGUGAUGAUGAAGGGGGGGGAGGGGCCCUGCUGCGGCCCCGGGAGCGGAGCCGGGAGGAGAAGGCCCAGGAAGAGCAGCAGUACCUGCGCUGGCUGCGGGGCCAGGCCGAGCCCCCCCCGGAGCCCCUGCAGGACCUGGAGCCCCUGCAGCGGCUCUGGUCGGACCCGGCGCUGGAGCCGGGCGAGCGCUUCCUGCGCGAUUACCUGCUGGGCAACGGCUACAGGGAGCAGGAGGAGGAGGAGGAGGGCGAGGAAGGUUUGGCCGUGCCCCCCCUGGAUGACUCCUCGGACGAGGGGGAGCAGUUCCUGCAGCGCCAGCAGGAUUUCGAGCGCCGCCACAAUUUCCGCUUCGAGGAGCCGGGGGCGGCCCAG